AUGGGUAAGAAAGACAAAAAAGCGGAGAUCAAUGAUCUCAAGCAAGAAGUGUCCAUGGAUGAGCAUACCAUCCCACUCGAGGAGCUCAUCGCACGUCUCGGAACCAACGUCGAAACGGGGUUGACGCGCGCCAGAGCCGCCGAGCUUCUCCAGAAGAAUGGUCCGAACGCUCUCUCGCCACCCAUCACCACACCAGAAUGGAUCAAGUUCUGUAAGAACUUGUUCGGUGGAUUUGCGAUGCUCCUUUGGGUUGGUGCUAUCCUCUGCUACAUCGCCUACACUGUCGACUACUUCACCAUGGAAUACCCAUCAAAGGAUAAUUUAUACCUCGGAAUUGUGCUUAUGACUGUCGUUAUCAUCACCGGAUGCUUCCAGUACUAUCAGGAAAGCAAGUCGUCUAAGAUUAUGGAUUCGUUCAAGAACAUGGUGCCAACUUUUGCCAACGUCCACCGUGACGGACAGAAGCAGCCAAUUCGCACCGAGGAGCUCGUCGUUGGAGAUAUCGUCGAAGUCGCGGUUGGCGCUCGUGUGCCAGCCGAUAUUCGUAUCAUCUCCGCGUUCGGAUUCAAAGUCGACAACUCGUCGCUCACUGGAGAAUCUGAACCACAACCGAGAUCUGCUGAAUGCACCAACGAGAAUCCUCUCGAGACCCGCAACAUUGCGUUCUUCUCCACCAACGCCGUCGAGGGAUCUGCUAAAGGUGUCGUCAUCUAUACUGGAGAUAACACCGUUAUGGGACGAAUUGCCCAUUUGGCUUCUGGACUUGACACCGGAAUGACACCAAUUGCCCGCGAAAUCGAGCACUUCAUCCACCUUAUUACUGGUGUCGCCGUCUUCUUGGGAAUCUCGUUCUUCAUCAUUGCCUUUGUUCUUGGAUACCAUUGGCUCACCGCCGUUGUGUUCCUUAUCGGUAUCAUUGUCGCCAACGUUCCAGAAGGUCUCAUCGCCACUGUCACUGUGUGCCUCACGUUGACCGCCAAGAGAAUGGCCAGCAAGAACUGCUUGGUUAAGAACUUGGAAGCCGUCGAGACACUCGGAUCCACGUCGACAAUUUGUUCCGACAAGACCGGAACAUUGACCCAGAACCGAAUGACUGUUGCCCACAUGUGGUACGACAAGACAAUUCAUGAGUGCGAUACCACUGAAAAUCAAACCAGCCAGGCCAAGAGAUCUGGAGACACAUUUGCGGCUCUUGUUCGUGUCGCUUCCCUUUGCAACUGCGCCGAAUUCAAGGCGGGACAACAGGAUAUCCCAGUUCUUCGUCGUGAAUGCGUUGGAGACGCUUCGGAGAUUGCUCUUUUGAAGUUCACCGAAUUGACGGUUGGAAAUGUGAUGGAUGCUCGUCAAAAACAUACAAAAGUUCACGAGAUUAAGUUCAACUCCACCAACAAAUACCAGGUCUCGAUCCACGAUAAUGGGGAUGACUACCUUCUUGUCAUGAAGGGAGCCCCGGAAAGAAUCCUCGACGUUUGCUCGACAAUGAUGGUUGAUGGAAUGGAAUUGCCAUUGGACGACAAACUCCGUGCGGACUUCAACACCGCCUACCUUGAGCUUGGAGGAAUGGGAGAGCGUGUCCUCGGCUUCUGCGACUUCAAACUUCCCGUCGAUCAAUUCCCGAAGGGAUUCAAAUUCGACUCCGAGGAGCCCAACUUCCCAUUGAAGAACUUGAGAUUCGUGGGACUUAUGUCUAUGAUCGAUCCACCACGUGCCGCUGUCCCAGACGCUGUUGCCAAGUGUCGUUCUGCUGGUAUCAAGGUUGUCAUGGUCACCGGAGAUCACCCAAUCACUGCUAAAGCCAUCGCGAAAUCUGUUGGAAUCAUCAGCGAGGACACCGAAACCGUUGAAGACAUCGCUAUUCGUCGCGGAAUUCCAGUCGAGCAGGUCAACCCACGUGAAGCUAAAGCUGCCGUCAUCCACGGAUCCGAUCUUCGUGAUAUGAGUGAAUCACAGCUUGCCGAUAUAAUCAAAAACCACAGCGAAAUUGUGUUCGCCCGUACAUCGCCACAACAGAAGCUCAUGAUUGUCGAAGGAUUCCAGAAGCAGGGUCAAAUUGUCGCUGUCACCGGAGACGGUGUCAACGAUUCGCCAGCUUUGAAGAAGGCCGAUAUCGGAGUUGCUAUGGGUAUCGCCGGAUCCGAUGUGUCCAAACAAGCUGCCGACAUGAUCCUUCUCGAUGAUAACUUCGCCUCCAUCGUCGUCGGUGUUGAAGAAGGGCGUUUGAUCUUCGAUAACUUGAAGAAGUCGAUCGCCUACACGUUGACAUCCAACAUCCCCGAAAUCUCGCCGUUCCUUACCUACAUUCUUUUCGGAAUCCCACUUCCUCUUGGAACCGUCACCAUCUUGUGUAUCGAUCUUGGAACUGACAUGGUUCCAGCCAUCUCUCUUGCCUACGAAGAAGCCGAAUCUGACAUCAUGAAGCGUCAGCCACGUGACCCAGUGCGCGACAAACUUGUCAACGAACGUCUCAUCUCGCUCGCCUACGGACAAAUCGGUAUGAUCCAAGCAUCAGCAGGAUUCUUCACCUACUUCUGGAUUAUGGCUGAUAAUGGAUUCAUGCCGUGGGAUCUCUAUCAGCUCCGUGCCCAAUGGGACUCGCGCGCUUACAACAACGUUCUUGACUCGUACGGACAAGAGUGGACUUAUGCGAACCGCAAGAUCCUCGAAUACACCUGCCAGACCGCUUACUUCGUCUCGAUCGUCGUUGUGCAAUGGGCUGAUUUGAUCAUCUCGAAGACCCGACGCAACUCGCUCGUCCAACAAGGAAUGUCCAACUGGACUUUGAACUUCGGUCUUGUCUUUGAAACCGCUCUUGCCUGGUUCAUGUGCUACUGCCCAGGACUCGACAACGGUCUCCGUAUGUAUGGAUUGAGAUUCUCUUGGUGGUUCUGCGCCCUUCCAUUCUCGAUCCUCAUCUUCGUCUAUGAUGAGAUCCGUCGCUUCUUGAUUCGCAAGUAUCCGGGAGGAUGGGUCGAACGCGAGACUUACUAUUAA